UGGGGAGCUGAUACGACGGGAGCGCGCAGUACCGCCGCGGCGCGCAUGCACAGCUGUCAGCACCAAGGACAGCAGCCGCUUCAGCCCGGAGCGACCAGCCAGCCAGCGACGCAUCGGUGUCCGCACAGAGCGCACGGUGCAGCGGCUGGAGGGAGCGACACUCACCCCGGAGAGAGUAAGACGCCUGGGAGUUUGAAAUGAUGAUUUGCGUGGUGGGUUUUUUUCGGGAGGUUUGAUCAGUUUUUCAGAGGAGAGAGAGAAAAAAGCUGGACAAUGCGGUUUGGUCGUCUCUGGUUGACAGCCUGCCCCUAAUAUGAUCAUGCACAUUCCUCCGCAUUGCACAUAAAUCCACCUCUUUUUUUUUUCAAUCUUCUUCUAUUUUCUUUUUCUUUUUUUUUCUUUUUUUUUUUGGCCUCCCUCCCUCGCUUCACACCACCCACCUGCAUCGCGGUCUGCAGUCGCGCAUUCAGCUGGUUGAGCCGUGCCGCUGUCCAGAAACUGGUCGAGCCGACCCGCUAAGGGGAAGAAAAGCGACCGGGCUGCACUGUUCUGUUUGGUGGUCCACACGAUGCGUCUGUUACUGUUGGCGGUGCUCUUCUCGUGCUCCUGCGCGCGGGCCGGCUGCGAGCCGAAAAUCGUGAACAUCGGAGCCGUCCUGAGCCAGAAGAGAUAUGAGCAGGUCUUCAAAGAUGCCGUGACACAAGCCAACCAGGUCUACGGCAGAGACAAAUUCAAGCUGACCGCCAUCUCCGUAACGCACAAACCCAACGCCAUCCAGAUGGCUCUCUCCGUCUGCGAGGACCUCAUCUCCAGUCAGGUCUAUGCUAUCCUGGUGAGUCACCCUCCACAGUCCAAUGACCACCUCACUCCAACGCCUGUCUCCUACACUGCAGGCUUCUACCGCAUCCCCGUGGUUGGACUCACCACUCGCAUGUCCAUCUACUCAGACAAGAGUAUCCACCUGUCCUUUCUGCGGACAGUCCCUCCAUAUUCCCAUCAGGCGCACGUAUGGUUCGACCUGAUGCGCGAGUUCAACUGGAACCACAUCAUCCUGAUAGUGAGCGACGACCACGAGGGGCGGGCUGCUCAAAAGAGGCUCGAGACCCUCUUGGAGGAGAGAGAAACAAAGAAUAAAAAAAGGAACUAUGAAAACCUCGACCAACUGUCCUAUGACAACAAGCGAGGACCUAAGGCAGAGAAAGUCCUCCAGUUCAGCCAGGAGACUAACUUAACUGCCCUGCUGCUGGAGGCGAAAGAGCUGGAGGCCCGAGUCAUCAUCCUUUCCGCCAGUGAGGAAGAUGCUGCUGCAGUGUACAAGGCUGCCCGUUUCCUCAACAUGACAGGCUCGGGAUACGUGUGGCUGGUGGGCGAGAGAGAGAUGUCGGGUAAAGCCCUGAGCGAGGCGCCAGACGGUCUGAUCGGCCUCCAGCUCAUCAACGGGAAAAACGAAUCAGCCCAUAUCAAUGAUGCAGUGGCUGUGGUGGCUCAGUCCAUCCAGGAGCUCUUUGAGAAGGAGAAUAUCACAGAACCCCCAAGAGGAUGUGUGGGCAACACCAACAUCUGGAAAACAGGGCCACUCUUUAAACGGGUGCUGAUGUCAUCUAAAUACCCAGAGGGCCUCACAGGACGCGUGGAGUUCAAUGACGACGGUGACAGGAAGUAUGCGCACUACAGUAUACUCAACUACCAGAAGAGUCGACUCAUUCAAGUCGGCAUAUACAAUGGAACACAGGUGGUAAUGAACAAUCAGCGGAAGAUCAUCUGGCCCGGAGGAGAGACUGAGAAACCACAGGGCUUCCAGAUGUCCACUCGAUUAAAGAUAGUGACGAUACACCAGGAGCCAUUUGUGUAUGUGAAACCCACUCAACCGGAUGGAACAUGCAAGGAGGAAAUGACAUUAAAUGGAGUCUUAAUUAAAAAGGUUAUCUGCACUGGGCCCAAUGAGACCAUCCCAGGUAACCUAUCAGGACGUCCCAUUGUACCCCAAUGUUGUUAUGGCUUCUGCAUUGAUCUCCUGAUCAAGUUGGCUAUGACCAUGAACUUUACCUAUGAGGUGCACCUGGUGGCUGAUGGGAAAUUCGGAACUCAAGAGCGGGUAAACAACAGUAACAAGAAAGAGUGGAAUGGCAUGAUGGGAGAGCUCCUGGGGGGCCUGGCUGACAUGAUUGUUGCCCCGCUGACUAUAAACAACGAACGAGCCCAGUACAUCGAGUUCUCCAAACCCUUUAAAUAUCAAGGUCUCACCAUCCUCGUUAAAAAGGAAAUCCCUCGCAGUACACUGGAUUCGUUCAUGCAGCCGUUCCAAAGCACGCUGUGGCUGCUGGUGGGUCUUUCGGUGCAUGUGGUGGCGGUGAUGCUUUACCUACUAGACCGGUUCAGCCCGUUUGGAAGAUUUAAAGUAAACAGUGAAGAAGAAGAAGAAGAUGCCCUCACCUUAUCAUCUGCUAUGUGGUUCUCCUGGGGAGUGUUGCUGAACUCUGGAAUAGGAGAAGGUGCGCCGCGCAGCUUCUCAGCGAGAAUCCUGGGUAUGGUGUGGGCCGGCUUUGCCAUGAUCAUUGUAGCUUCUUAUACUGCCAACCUGGCUGCCUUCCUGGUGUUGGACCGGCCUGAGGAGCGCAUCACCGGCAUCAAUGACCCAAGGCUGAGAAACCCAUCGGACAAGUUCAUCUACGCCACGGUGAAGCAAAGCUCCGUGGACAUCUACUUCCGGCGGCAGGUCGAGCUUAGCACCAUGUACCGCCACAUGGAGAAGCACAACUAUGAGAGUGCCGCCGAGGCUAUCCAGGCCGUGCGUGACAACAAGCUGCAUGCUUUCAUCUGGGACUCUGCGGUGCUGGAGUUUGAAGCCUCGCAGAAGUGCGACCUGGUGACCACGGGAGAGCUGUUUUUCCGUUCGGGCUUUGGCAUAGGCAUGCGCAAGGACAGCCCCUGGAAACAGAAUGUGUCCCUGGCCAUUCUCAGUUCUCAUGAGAACGGCUUCAUGGAAGACCUAGAUAAAACCUGGGUGAGAUACCAGGAGUGUGACUCAAGGAGCAAUGCCCCAGCCACACUCACCUUUGAAAACAUGGCAGGUGUCUUCAUGCUGGUGGCUGGAGGCAUAGCAGCAGGAAUCUUCCUUAUCUUUAUCGAAAUCGCCUAUAAGCGCCAUAAAGACGCCCGCAGGAAGCAGAUGCAGCUGGCCUUUGCGGCCGUCAAUGUCUGGAGGAAGAACCUGCAGGAGAGUAAGGAGGCCUCUGGAAGUCAAGCUGUGGCCGGGACCCCCUCAUUACCCUCUUCCUCUCUAGAGACUCAGGAUGAUAGGAAAAGUGGUAGAGCAGAGCCCGACCCCAAAAAGAAAGCCUCUUUUAGGUCCAUCAGUACCACCCUGGCCUCCAGCAUCAAGAGACGUAGGUCCUCCAAAGACACGCAGUACCCACCCACUGACAUCACGGGCCAACUCAACUUGUCUGACCCGUCUGUCAGCACUGUGGUGUAAAGAGAGGGAGACGCUGACGUUCGCUCCCAGAGGAGAGAGGAAACGAGACGAGGAGGGAGUGGAGGGGAGAGAGGAAGGGAGAAGAACUCAUCUCCACGGUCCCUUCGCCGUCGAAGCCGAAGCUUUCAUUUCACCGCCUGCCAACGGAGCUUUCGAGGAAAAACUUGCUUGCCGAAGGAGUGGCUGAAAAACACUGACCUUGCACCUUUUUUUUUUUUUUUUUUUUAGAAAAAAGUCAGGAUUACCUGGCGUUAGAUGUUUGUAGGGUCCCUGAGCAUGCACAGAAAAACCCAUCUGACUCACAUAUACAAUAUUUUCCUUCUGUAUGUUAUUAGCAAACUUAUUUAACCUUGUUUUUGUCAUUUUACUCACAGAAAUUUACUUAAUGUUUGAUGUUAACUACUUUCAAAUUUUCCUGACCAGCUGUAUAACUUUAGCACAGCCAGGUUUAGUUUGGUUAAGCAAAUGAAAUAAACUAGUUUUGGAACAUAUCACUUCCAAUUAGGGCUUAGAUACCAUAGUAAUAUCUAGUUUUUCUUAACAACAUAUACUGCAAUACAAUAUGUACUGUAAGCUUCAAUAGAUAUCAAGUUUUUUUUAAAUAGGAACUUUUAUCUACAAUGUUUUUAGAUAUUUCUUCCAAUGGGAUGCAUUAAUCAUGGCACUACUGAUGAGAAUAGGACUAAUGUUGUCUAUCAGUGAAGAAGAUGGAAGCAUGUGUGUGCUUGUAUGUGAAUAAGAGCUUUAUCUGUCUGAACGAUGAAACUGUUUUGAAGUCUGUACACCAGAUUCUGUAGUUGUAUUUUCCCCUUUGAUUUUCUAUUAAUAUGCCAAAUGCAUGUUUUUUCUUUCUUAGAGACAAUCUGUUAAGCUUUACCAUGUAGAGUAAGAGAUAAGUAAGUGAAUAUGUCAACUCAUACAUGAACUUGCAGUCUCUAAAGCUGAUGUUUUCACGUCCAAACAUGUUUGAGACACUCAAGCCGUAAGCCAUUUUGUGCUUGGGGACGCCCUCUCUCUUCCUCUCUCCUGCUGCAGCAGUCUUUCUCAUUUCCAGUCUCCGAGGGGUUGCAUCAAAGGGCCAGGUUUUUCACCCAACCAGCACUCGGUCUUUCAUGCAAAACUUCCUCCCCGCGUAGAGCCGGAGAUCUUUUACAGGAAGAAAUCCGAGUGACUUACCUGAGCGAGCUUGUGUGCAAGUCUUGGUUAGAUGCAAAAACAGGCCGUUUCCCAUUUUCUGGAGCUGAGAAACCACUGCUGUGUGUUGAAAAAACUAUUGCACCCUGCCUGGUGUCUGGCACUUCAUAGCACUUUAUGCUGAGGGGUCUCCCAAACUGUAAAAACUGAUUUACCAAGAAACUAUAGAACCACUACAACAUCAGACAUGUUACCUUCUCCACUUCAAGAUGUUUUAAUUUCACAAAUCUCUUUUUCAUUUUACUUUUUAUUUGAAAAAAAGUCUUUAUAAGGGAAAUAAUGACACUUUUUAACAAACACACAAAGUGCUAAAACAGAAUUUGGUUUCUAAACUUGUGCGUUUGUUUCUGAUCAUGUUCUCAUUCUGGCCUAUGCAUGCUUACGUGUUACUAUCAGUGCUUUGGUUUGUUUUCGGAUGCCUGUUGUUGCCGUGUACAGUUAGCUGAGCUGUGUGGAGCGCUUAAGUUGAAUGAAAUGUAAAUAGAGUCUUGUUCAUUGUUAGGUAGGGUUGAGGAGAUUGCACUGCGCUUGUAUUACGACUGCAACUGAGAAUGUUUUAAACUAUAGUUACACAGAUACACAUACACACACAAUUAUGAUACAUGAGCAUGCAUCAAAACACACACGAACACGUAAAACCCAUUAAGGGAGGUAUCACUUGUUUUCUUACCUUUUCCAGUAAUGAACUUGCAUUGAAUCAUCUUGUUUAUACAACUGUAAAUAAAAUAUACUUACAUUGCCAAAUCUAA